GUCCUGGCCACAGUCACUGGAGCUAUGAAGACCUGCAGCACUGGGGCGUGGGCCACCCGGACUGUAAGAGAACCAUGCAGUCACCCAUCAACAUUGACACAUCCAAGACCAUCUUCAGCCCACAGCUGCGGCCAAUCCAGCUCUCUGGCUACAGCCUGCCUGCCAACGAGAAGCUCAAGCUGAGGAACAACGGGCACACAGUUGUCCUCGAGCUGCCCAAGUCACUGGCCAUCACAGGUGGCUAUGCCCAGCAGUACCAAGCUGUCCAGCUGCACCUGCACUGGGGCUCCCCACGGGGACCUGGUUCAGAGCACACUGUCAACGGGCACCGCUUUGCUGCGGAGAUCCAUGUAGUCCACUACAACACCAAGUAUGAAAGCUUUCAGCAGGCAAUGGUCAACCCAGAUGGGCUGGCUGUACUGGGAGCAUUCCUGGAGGUUGGGCCGAGGGAGAACCUAUACUAUCAGGAAAUACUUGAGCAUCUGCAAGACAUCCAAAGAGAAGGCGAGGAAGUCCUCGUGUCCGGAUUCAACAUUGCAGGUCUGCUGCCUGAAAACCUAAAACUCUACUUCCACUACAAUGGCUCUCUGACCACCCCUCCCUGCUAUGAGUCGGUGAAGUGGACCGUCUUCAACCAGACCAUGCUGCUCUCUCAUAACCAGAUGUCAAUGCUGGAGAUGAGCCUGAGAAACGACGACAACAAAGCUCUGCAGAACAAUUACCGACCGGUGCAGAACCUGAACGGGCGACAAGUGCUGGCAAGUUUCCAGACCACCCUCCUUUUAACAAAGCAACUGCCUGCUGGUAAUGAUAACUCAGCAGAAGAAGGACACUCCAGCUCUUCAUUUCAUGCGGGUGAUGUGCUGGCUGUGCUCUUUGGGGUGCUCUUUGCUGUCACAGCGCUGGCCUUCCUGCUGUACAUCUACAAGCACCGCAGCCAGAAUGCACGACUGGACUCACCAACUAAAUUGAAGGUCAUCUACACAGCAGCCACGACCGAAAACACCGUCUGA